GAUUUCUGCAACUUUUCUCUUUCUCUCUCUCUCUCUCUCUCUUCCAUUUUUUUACUCUUUCUUUCUGCCGUUUUUAUUAUUACUAACAACUAAGAGAACCCAAGUUGAUGUUCCUGUGUUCUUACACAAAAAGAAAGAAGUUGGAAUUGAAGAUUCGAUUACUGAAAGACAAAAACUCUAAGAUUGAGAGAGAGACGGAAAGUUGGGGGGGGAGCCCCACCUGACUAAUCCAGAGAAUUCACCCCUCCUAUCCUGCUACUGCAGGAAACCCAUUUGAAUUCACCUUCUGUUCUGCUAAUACAGUUUUCAGCUGUAAUUCUUCUCCGGCGAAGUUCUAUCAUGGUGGGGGUUUCAGAUUCGUCGGGGAAUUCAAGUGGUGCUACUGCUUCUGGGAACCACGAAGGUGAUUCGGGUGUUGUUGGGUCAAUUGCAGUUGUGAGUGAUGCUGGUGGUGGAAUUGGAGUUGGAGGAGAAGAUGAGAAGCUAAGAGGUGAAGAAGGUGACCGGAAUUUGACCGGAAAUCGUUGGCCUAGGCAAGAAACGCUGGCUCUUUUAAAGAUACGGUCUGAUAUGGACGUUGCUUUUCGUGACUCCACUCUCAAAGGUCCACUAUGGGAAGAGAUUUCUAGGAAACUUGCAGAGUUGGGAUAUCAUCGAAGCGCUAAGAAGUGCAAGGAGAAGUUCGAGAACGUGUACAAGUACCACAAACGCACCAAAGAAGGACGAGCUGCAAGACCAGACGGCAAGAGCUACCGCUUCUUCGAUCAGCUCCAAGCUCUCGACCACAAUCACCCUUCCUUACUCCCUCCGCUCUCGUCACCAAAACCACUCCAAUCUCAAUCUCCGGCAGAGCCGCUGCCAAUGCCGGUCACGGCCACUCCUUCACCAGCAGCAGCACCACCACCACCACUACAACCAAUGCCGAUAACAGCCACUCCAGCAGCUUCACCACCACCAAUGCCAAUCACGGCUAUUCCUUCAGCAGCACCACCACCACCAAGGCCGAUCACGGCCACCCCAGCAGCAGCAGCAUCACUACCACCGAAUGUGGUGUCUCGAGAGAUUGUCCCAGCCUCCGUUCCUACUACUACUACUACUACUGCGGCAAAUCCUAUGCCGAAUUCAUCAUCUCCGGUAACUUCCUCGUCCUCCUCCGAGGAUGAAUUAGGUGGGAGCCGCUCGCGGAGUAGGAAACGGAAGAAACUAACGGCUUUCUUCGAGAAACUAAUGAACGAGGUAAUCGAGAAGCAAGAGAUGCUACAGAAGAAGUUCCUGGAGGCCAUAGAGAAACGCGAACGCGAGAGGGUGGCUAGAGAAGAAGCCUGGAAGGUUCAGGAAAUGGCGAGGAUGAACCGAGAGCACGAAAUGAUAAUGCAAGAACGUUCCAUUGCCGCUGCGAAGGACGCAGCAGUGAUCGCAUUCUUGCAGAAGAUAUCGGAACAGGCGAGCCCAGUGCAGUCCUCGGAGUUGCUAUUGCAAUUGCAUGAAAACCAAAAGCAAAACCCAAACCCAAUUCCAAAUUCAAUUUCAAAUCCAAAUCCAAAUCCAAAUCCAAAUCCAUCGCAGCAGCAGCCAGCUCGUCCAGCACAGCCACCAUCAAACCAAGCGCAACCAUCGGCGGAGAAGAUGUUGGUGGAGAUCUCUCGGCCGCAGCCGGAUAAUGCGGCCGACAGCUUUGUCGCAACCCCGAUUGGUGGCGGAGGUGGAGGCGGUGGGGCGUCGUCGCGAUGGCCGAAACCGGAGGUUCAGGCUCUGAUUAGGCUGAGAACCAGUAUGGAUGUGAAGUACCAGGAAAAUGGGCCCAAAGGACCACUAUGGGAGGAGAUCUCAGCUUCCAUGAAAAAGCUUGGAUACAACAGGAACGCGAAGAGAUGCAAAGAGAAGUGGGAGAACAUAAACAAGUACUUCAAGAAGGUGAAAGAGAGCAACAAGAAGAGGCCAGAGGAAUCCAAGACCUGUCCCUACUUCCACCAACUCGAUGCGCUCUACAAGGAGAAGAAUCAGAAUCAGAUACAGCAGGUGCAACAGAAGAUGGACAGCAGCAGCAGCAACAACAACGCCGCAUUGGGUAUGGGUAUGAGUAUGGGAAUGGUUAUGGGUGCUUACGGAGUGAAGCCAGAGAACAUGGUAAUGCCGCUCAGGCAAGAACCUCUACGGCCACAUUCAGAUGUGGAGAGCGAGAACAACAUGGACAUGGAGAUGGAAGCCAACCAAGAACAAGAAGACGGAGACGAUGAAGAUGAUGACGAUGAUGAUGAUGAUGAAGGCGGAGAUUACGAGAUUGUGGCCAACAAUUCUUCUUCCAUGGCCAUCGUCGAGUGAGACAAGAUAGAGAAAAAAAAAAAAAGUUUUACUGCUAUUAUUCCAUCUAUCAUCAAUCAUCAAUCAUCAAUCAUUAAUCAUGAGAGAGAAAGAGGUGUCCAUGUGAGUGUGCCGUUUUGAGUGACUGAAGAAAGCUUGGGGAAAUGGGUCAGAUUUGCAGAAACUGUCGGAUUGGUAAGUGGGUCUCAUCGAUCAGAUUCUGGUUAGUGUUCAUUACAAAUUGGGUGGAGGUGGCCAGACUCCAUUUGAUCCAUCCAUUGGGAUUCUGGGUUAUUCUGUGUAAGCUUAAGCUUAAGCUGGGUAAGUAUAUAAAUUUAUUUAUUAUUUGUUUCGCUUAAUAAAUACUCCAACGUGAGAAAAAGAGAGAAGUAAAAGAGAGAAGGUAUCAUCAUCAAUGAGCGGCAUCACAGUACAGAAUAAAUUUGGGUCAGGAUUUUAAUAAAGAUGUGGUGGUGUCAGAACAGUAAAGUGUAGUGAUAUCAUCAUAUGCACUGGAAGAGCUAAAUUUUCUGUUCUAAUCUUUCUUUCCUUGCCAUUUC